AACUUCGUAAAAACAUCAAAAGCAAUUAAGCAAACACACGAAAACAGCAAACUUCAAAUCUCUCUCUCUCUAUAUCAUAAUGGCUCUCUCAAAGUCUCUAGGGUUCCUUCUCCUCGCAGCUCUCUUCGUCUCCUUCACGGUGGCUCAAUCUCCGGCACCAGCACCAGCUCCUUCUAACGGAGGAAGGCGGAUCUCUCCGGCGCACUCACCUAAGAAGGCGUUGUCUCCUGCAACAGCUGUUUCCCCUACUCCUCAAACCGCACCAACUCCAGAUUUCACCUCCUCGCCUCCAUCGCCGCCUGCAGCGCACUCUCCUUCGGUUUCGCCCGCUGUUUCUCCGUCUACCAUCUCCGACUCUCCGGCUCAAGCUCCCGCUCCAGCAAGCGGCGCCGUUUCUAACAGCUACGCGGUCUUUGGAUCCGUCGCCAUUAUGUUAACCGCUGCCGUUUUGGCUAUGUAGGUUUCUUCUCGGCAUGGGUUUUUUAGAAUAAAUUAGGUAUUUAUUUUAUUUAAAAUAUUUGCAGAGAGAUGAUUCUUUUACUUUUUCUUUUUUCCUUUUUAUAUAUCGAAUAUUCGGAUUACUAUUUGUUUCUCAUUUUUGUUGAUCUUAUAAUACAUAUUAAUAUAUGAGUUUAUCAGAUUAUUAA